GAGGUGUACCGCAUCCCCAAGAAGAGUCAAGCAGAAAAGGAGAACAGCGCUGACCGUGGGAGAGAGCCAGCCGGCCACAGGGAUCAGACUCCUACUCCGAAGAACCCCGUCCUGAGCAGAGAGCGGGAUCCCGAGAGGCAGAGCCAGAGCAAAGAGAAGAAGAGACGGAGAGACUCGUUGUCCCCUCCAUCCUCGGCGUACGAGCGAGGAACCAAGAGGCCGGAGGACAGGUAUGACACACCAGCACCUUCGAAGAAGAAAGCCCGGCUUAAGGAUCGCAACAAGCUAUCCACAGAGGAACGUAGGAAGCUGUUCGAGCAGGAGGUCGCCCAGCGGGAAGCCCAGAAACAGCAACAACAACUGCAAAACCUGGGGAUGACGUCCCCCCUGCCCUACGACUCCAUGGGCUACGGCACACCCCACCACAGCUUUAUCGGCUACCCGCCUGGCUACCCCAUGCAAGCCUACGUGGACCCCAGUAACCCCAACGCUGGCAAGGUGCUGCUACCCACGCCCACCAUGGAUUCCGUGUGCUCGCCGGCGGCGUACGAGCACCCGCAGACUUUGGUUGGGCACACGGUGGAACCCACCCUAACGACUCCUCAGCCCGUACCAGUAGUCCAACAUGUAGCAACGACGAUGGAGGUGACAACUCCGCAGUAUGUAGCACAAAGCGACACUGUGGUCCAUCAAGAACCCAACGUGGCCGUCCUACCCGUGGCCACGCCAGGACCGGUGCAGAGCCAGAGUUACGGGGUCUGGGAUUCCAGCCAGCAGACUGUCGCUGUACAACAGCAGUACUCGCCAGCCCAGUCCCAACCCGCCAUCUACUACCAAGGACAGACCUGUCAGACUGUUUAUGGUGUGACAUCCCCUUACUCACAGACAACCCCACCGAUUGUACAGAGUUACGCCCAGCCAGGUCUCCAGUACAUCCAGGGCCAACAGAUCUACACGGCUCAUCCGCAGGGAGUCAUCGUGCAGCCGCCAGCAGCGGUAACUACGAUCGUCGCAGCCGGGCAGCCGCAGCCCAUCCAGCAGCCAGAGCUUGUGGUGACCAAUAACCUCCUGGACUUGCCUCCACCAUCCCCUCCAAAACCCAAAACAAUCGUCCUCCCGCCCAACUGGAAAACAGCGCGAGAUCCAGAGGGGAAGAUCUACUACUACCAUGUGGUAACGAGGCAAACCCAGUGGGACCCUCCUACCUGGGACAGCCCAGGCGAUGACGCCAGCCUUGAACACGAAGCUGAAAUGGACCUUGGGACCCCAACGUAUGAUGAAAACCCCAUGAAGUCUUCCAAGAAGCCCAAGACGGCGGAAGCGGACACGUCGAGCGAGCUGGCCAAGAAGAGCAAGGAGGUUUUCAGGAAAGAAAUGUCGCAGUUCAUCGUGCAGUGCCUGAACCCCUACCGCAAACCCGACUGCAAGGUGGGGCGCAUCACCACCACCGAGGACUUCAAACACCUGGCGCGCAAGCUGACCCAUGGCGUCAUGAACAAGGAGCUGAAAUACUGUAAGAACCCGGAGGACCUGGAGUGCAACGAGAACGUCAAACACAAGACAAAGGAGUACAUCAAGAAGUACAUGCAGAAAUUUGGGGCCAUCUACAAACCCAAAGAGGACACGGACCUGGAGUAACCACCUC